UUUUUUUUUAAAAAAAAACACUGAAAAAUUGUUCCUUAUUUCUCGCUCACCUCACUUCUUCCUCAAGAAAGCUUUCAACUUCUUAAAGGAAAGCGGAGGAGAGAGAAAAUCAGAAACUCCCAACUCAAUCAUGGCGAUUGAGCACGAAGACGAUCUCAAGGACGAGAAGAAUCCUCGUCCUCUUGACGAGGAUGACAUUGCUCUUCUCAAAACCUAUGGAUUGGGACCUUACUCUGCCAGCAUCAAGAAGGUGGAGAAGGAAAUCAAGGAUAUGUCAAAGAAAGUUAAUGACUUAAUUGGUAUCAAGGAAUCUGAUACUGGAUUAGCAGCUCCUAGCCAAUGGGAUCUCGUCUCUGACAAGCAAAUGAUGCAGGAGGAGCAGCCACUCCAGGUUGCAAGAUGCACCAAGAUAAUCAAUCCAAACACUGAAGAUGCUAAGUAUGUGAUUAAUGUGAAGCAGAUUGCAAAGUUUGUUGUUGGGCUGGGAGAUAAAGUUUCUCCAACAGAUAUUGAAGAAGGCAUGCGUGUUGGUGUUGAUAGAAACAAGUACCAGAUUCAGAUUCCCUUGCCACCAAAGAUUGACCCCAGUGUGACCAUGAUGACUGUGGAAGAGAAGCCAGAUGUGACAUAUAACGAUGUUGGUGGAUGCAAAGAGCAAAUUGAAAAGAUGCGAGAAGUUGUUGAAUUACCCAUGCUUCACCCAGAGAAAUUUGUUAAGCUUGGAAUUGAUCCUCCUAAGGGUGUAUUGUGCUAUGGUCCUCCUGGUACUGGAAAAACACUUUUGGCCAGAGCUGUUGCUAAUCGGACUGAUGCAUGCUUCAUUCGUGUUAUCGGGAGUGAGCUUGUCCAAAAGUAUGUUGGUGAGGGUGCCCGAAUGGUUCGUGAGCUAUUUCAGAUGGCAAGGUCAAAGAAGGCAUGUAUUGUUUUCUUUGAUGAAGUUGAUGCUAUUGGAGGUGCACGUUUUGAUGAUGGUGUGGGAGGAGACAACGAGGUUCAACGUACUAUGCUUGAAAUUGUAAACCAACUUGAUGGUUUUGAUGCUCGUGGAAACAUCAAGGUUCUUAUGGCGACAAACAGACCCGACACUCUCGACCCAGCUCUCUUGCGUCCUGGACGGUUAGACAGGAAGGUUGAGUUUGGUCUUCCAGAUCUGGAGGGUAGGACACAAAUAUUCAAGAUCCAUACCAGGACCAUGAACUGUGAAAGGGAUAUCCGAUUUGAGCUUCUUGCGCGCCUUUGCCCAAACUCCACAGGUGCCGACAUUAGGAGUGUGUGCACUGAAGCUGGUAUGUACGCAAUUCGAGCUCGGAGGAAGACCGUCACUGAGAAAGAUUUCCUCGAUGCUGUGAACAAGGUCAUUAAGGGAUACCAGAAGUUCAGUGCAACCCCCAAGUAUAUGGUCUACAACUAAAGAGUUGUUGCUGCUCGUAGAACCAAGAUGCAAACUCUGGAAUCGGUGCUUUGGUCGGUGUCUUGUGCUAUCGGUUGGACAUUCACGCUAAAUGGCUACCUAUGCAGCUCGAUAGCAUAUCUUUCACAAGGGUCUUUGAAUUAUGGUAUUAGUAGGAAGGUUUCAUUUAUUUAUAGAACUUUAAAAAUAAUUUUGGAUUUGGCAGACGGUUUUGUAGUUGUUUUGAGACGUUUCUUGCAACACUGGUGGACAAGUUCUGUUACCCUUUUAUUUUUUAUUUUUUUUAAUGGGAUUUCAAUCUUCCGUAUUAUUUAGUGAUGGAUUUCUACUUGGACCUUGAA